AUGGAUCCCUACAAUACCCCAGAGGCUGUCUUGCAGCUCAGCGUCAUUAAUCCAGAAAUGGAACAGGCCCUAAAAGACAGCCCAGCUCCUGAUCUCUCAUCAGACCCAGCACAAGUUCUACGUGAACUGGGACUCAUGGGCGACCGUCUCGGAGCUGAGAGCAAGCCCGCAACACAUGGCACACACGAGUCGGUGAAGACCAUCACCUUGCGCGACGGCUACGAGAGCGAGCUUCGCAUCAUCAAGCCGCCCAACCAUGACUCCAAGUCACCGCUCGUGGUCCUGAUCUACGGCGGUGGAUUCUUCACUGGCUGCAACCUCCAGCUUCUUCCCUGGGCCAAGGCAGCCUCGGCCCUGUACAACGCCACCGUGGUCCUGCCGAGUUAUCGUCUGGCUCCAGAGCACAAAUUCCCAACAGCUCACCACGAUAUCUGGGAUACCCUCAAAUGGCUCGCGGCCAAUGCUUCUUUGCUGGGCGCUGAUCUCUCAGAAGGAUUCGUGAUCGGCGGUUCCUCUGCUGGUGCCAGUCUUGCUGCCGUGACUGCCCACCGCGCGUUGCGAGAGAACCUCUCGCCCCCUCUGACGGGUGUGCUUGCUAAUAUCCCCCCGCUUUUGGAUGAGCAAAUUGUGCCGGAUAAAUAUAAGCAUCUUUAUCUGUCGCGCGAGCAGAAUGCCAAUGGAGCAGUCUGUAAUGCGAAGGACUUGAGGGUCUGGAUGGGCUGGUGGGAGCCUGACUUCCACUCAGUUGACUACUCCCCCGUGAACUCGGAUGUUCCAUUGGCUGGUUUGCCGCCUCAUUAUAUACAGGUUGAUGGGAUGGAUAGCUUGCGCGACGAUGGUUUGAUCUAUGAGAAAUUGCUCCGCGAUGAAGGUGUUGCCACUCAUCUCAUUGCCUACCCCGGCAUGCCUCAUGGUCAUUGGGGCCUGUGGCCUAAACACACGUUGUCGGAAGUUGCCCAUGUCGAUACUAUCUAUGGCAUUGGGUGGUUGCUUGGGAAGGAGGUCGCAAAGGAGGAAAUCAAGAGCGUUUGGAAUACAGAGGCUUAG